AUGCCGCGGGGCAGCCGUCCCCCUCCGCGGGCGCGCUGCCUGGCCCCGCAGCGGCCCCGACGGCGAGGAGGAGGAGGAGGCGGAGGCGGGGAGGAGGAAGAGAAAGGAGCAGGAGGGAAGCGGGGAAGUUGCGCCUGCCCUUCCCCGCCGGGAGCCGGAGCCAUGGGCCCCGCCGCGGGGGCGCGGGCCGCCCCGUCGCUGCUGCUCUCGCUGCUGCUCGGAGCCGCUGCCCCGCUCUGGCUGCGCGCGGAGAAGCUGGGGGAUGGAUGUGGGCAUGUGGUAAUGUACCAAGACAGCGGGACCUUGGCAUCCAGGAACUACCCUGGGACAUACCCGAACUACACGGUUUGUGAAAAGAAAAUUCAAGUGCCUCAGGGAAAACGCCUGAUCUUAAAAAUCGGAGACCUGGAUAUUGAAUCACAGAAGUGUGAAUCCAGCUACCUUACCAUCCUGAGCUCUUCAACGUUGCACGGGCCAUACUGUGGUAACGUGAUGCCCAUCCCCAAAGAAAUCAUUUUGGAUAGUAAUGAAGCAACUAUUCAUUUUGAGAGCGGAUCCCACGUGUCAGGACGAGGCUUUCUGUUGUCAUAUGCCAGUAGUGACCAUCCAGAUCUCAUCACAUGUUUGGAACGAGGAAACCACCACACAAAGACUGAGUACAGCAGAUACUGUCCUGCUGGCUGCAGAGACAUAGCGGGUGACAUUUCUGGGAAUAUAAUAGAAGGAUACAGAGAUACCUCGCUGCUGUGCAAGUCGGCCAUCCACGCCGGCGUUAUCGCGGACGAGCUGGGCGGCCAGAUCAGCGUGACCCAGCAGAAGGGCGCCAGCCGCUACGAGGGCGUCGUGGCCAACGGCGUGCCCUCGCAGGAUGGUUCACUGUCAGACAAGCGGUUUAUAUUUACCUCAAAUGGCUGCAAUAAAUCUCUCAGUCUGGAAGAGGGAUUCCUCUCCAAGAGUCAAAUUACUGCAUCUUCCUACUGGGAGGAGACCAAUGAAUUUGGGCAGCAAUUUCUGUGGUCCCCUGACAAGGCUUGGCUUCAGGUUCCAGGACUGGCCUGGGCUUCCAACCACAGCAGCGGUCGUGAAUGGUUAGAGAUAGACUUUGGAGAGAAGAAGAGAAUAACAGGGAUUAAGACCACUGGUUCUGGAUCCACUAUGCUGAAUUUUGACUUUUAUGUAAAGACAUUUAUUAUGAACUACAGAAAUAACAACUCAAAAUGGAGAACUUACAAAGGAAUUCUAAGCAAUGAAGAAAAGGUAUUCCAAGGCAACUCCAAUGCUGGUGACAUAGUACGUAAUAAUUUCAUCCCUCCAAUAGUGGCCCGUUAUGUGCGAGUUAUUCCCCAAACCUGGAACCAAAGAAUAGCAUUGAAGCUUGAGCUGAUCGGUUGUCGAAUCAUGCAAGGUAACAGCUCAUUUACACAUUCAAUGUGGCAAAAACCAAGCCAGAGCACAGAAACCUCCCUUGGAAAAGAAGACCGGAUGGUUACAGAACCCAUCCCAUUGGAAGAAACUAACUUAGGCUUAAAGCUUACAGCUAUAAUUGUCCCAGUCCUCAUAGUGCUGUGUCUGUUCCUGUUCUCUGGAAUUUGUAUCUGUGCAGCUCUACGAAAGCGAGAAACCAAUGGACUUUCUUAUGGAUUGUCCAAUGCUCAGAAAUCAGGUUGUUGGAAACAAAUCAAGCAGCCCUUCACCAGACAUCAGUCAACUGAAUUUACCAUUAGCUAUAAUAAUGAGAAGGAGACACCACAAAAACUAGAUCUGGUCAUGAGUGAUAUGGCAGAGUAUCAGCAGCCUCUCAUGAUUGGAACUGGGACAGUGACACGCAAAGGAUCUACUUUUAGACCCAUGGACACCGAAGAUGAGGGAAGAAGGGGGAGUUCGGAGUUUGAAAAUCACUAUCACUGUCCGCAAAGAGCUAACCGGCACGAAUAUGCUCUGCCCCUGACCAGUCAAGAACCCGAAUAUGCCACCCCCAUCAUAGAGCGGCACACGGAAAGAGAAAAUAAUUUCCCCUCUGAGAACGGCUACAACGUUCCUGUAAUCUCAUCUCAUAAACACUCGCUGUCUGCUGGCAGUUUCUCCAGUUCAUGUAAGACCGACGCCAGGAAUGGCGACUACCAGACACCUCAAAGUGUAAUAAACUAUGAUAAACCUAAAGUUAACAGUAUUCUGACCUCUGUGAGCUACAGUACGGACUACCAGAAGCCCCAAACUAAUUCACUAGGAAGUGAGGGUUACUCAACACCUAGAGACUGCCUAAAACCAAUAAGCCAGACAGCAAUGACAGCUCUCUUGUGAUCUGUUGAACAAGAGAGACCUGGUGCGCAGGAAUGCUACUAUACAGCUACAGCUUCUGAAAUGAAAAUAGAGUUUUAAAGGAGUCUACUGUGGAAGGCAGAAGGCAAACAAACCCUGUGUACAUAAUAUUGCAGUCUUGCUGGGUUCUGACAUCUGAAGAAAGCAUAUGCUGUUUAUCACUGUUUAUAGCAAGAGAGAUGUUAUCACUGAAGACUGUAUAUCUUAUUUUCUGUAACUGAUCUCAGUGCUCUGUUUGCAAUGUGCAAUUUGUACAUAGCUUUUAUUUAAGGAGAAUUUCUUAAGUAAGUUUCCUUUUCACCUGUGGAACCAAUGGAGAAACUAUUGCAAAAAGGACACUAUUUUUUUUUUUUUUAAGUUUCCUCUUCUGACUUUAUUUUAUCUGCUGUUGUACUGGCAGCUGUAAAUUGUGUAGCUUAUGGCUGUGGUGGUUCAUUUCCUUUCCUCUGAUAACUGAAGAUAGGGCAUCACUAUAGUUCUUCUUGGGAGGGUAGAAGACGUAAAACUACUUGAAGCAUAAAGCGCACAAGCAAAGGCAGCUGAGCAUUUAAAUGCUGUGUUCAAAUCCACCUUCCCAGCUGCCUUUUUAGCAGUAAUUUUUACAUGCUUGAAUUUGUUCUGGCCUAUGAGCUGAGCCGUGUAAUUUGCUGUUCAUGUUAAAGUCAGGUAAAAGGCUGAAACCUGUUUGGGGUUAGAAGCCAUGGUGAUCAUUUUGCAGGUACAUCUGCAGUAGAAAAAAAAAAUGAACACCUGUUAAUCUGUUUCUUCAAGAAAGGUGUGUGGAACCAAAAUGUGAAUUUAUAGCUGAGAAUUAAAUUCUGUUCAAGCCCCAGCUGAUGCUGUUGCUGCUAUAUUAUAAGGAAGUUACUCUUUGACAUAGAGCAGCAUGCAUUCUGAACUCUUCCUUACUCCAUUAUUUUUCUGUCCUAUAAAUUUAGUGUAUUGUUUAUAUUUGAAAUAUUUAGACAAAGUAAAGCACAAUGUGUAUGCGAUUUACUGUAGCAUCUAAAUUUGCAAAAGAGCAGAUCAGCACAGUUGUUUUCAAAUAAUUUUUGUUUUGCAGGGAAUGCGAUCCUUAAUUCUUUUUUUGGACAAACUUGAAAGUGUGGGGAUAGGUGCGACGUAUUGCACAGCAGCUGACUCCUCUUUCAGCAGAGGCGUCACUAAAGCUGAACAGCUUCCCGUGGUGACUGGAACUGGCCAUUGCCAUUCUCCCUGCAGCACUUGGAGCCUUACUUUGUGUUCAGAAGCAUGUCCUAAAAUACCAAGAAGUGAUACGCUUCUGGGGAUGAAGAAUGGUGCUAUAUUUAAGGCACAAGGUUGGGAAAACAGAGCAGUAGAAUCUGAUCUGCAGGAAAGUCACUUUAUCUCAAGGCCCUCCGUUUCUUUGUGUGUAAACUGGGAUAAUUCGCAAAGGAUGCAACAAAGAUUCUUUCUUUGUAAAGUGCUUUCAGAUCCUGGGAUGGAAAGUGCUGUAAGAGUACAGAAUAGUUGUAGUGAUCCUAUUUACAAAUAUUGCUAAUUCUAGCCAUAUCCGAUCUUCAGACAACUCUUAGUGGGUUCUUUGCGUAUGCUUGUUUUGUGGCCUCAGUUGUGCAGUUCUCUCAUGCUGAUGCACAGUGCAUGUGAUUCCUGUGCAAAGAAAAAAAAAGAGUCAAGGUAACCUUGUAGCCUUCCUGUGUUUGCUGUCGAUACAGUUUCUGUGAAAUGUGUAAAACACCUCAGGUUCUGAAGUGAAACAGCAGCAGCCUGUUUGUUAGACCGAGCCGGGCAGUGUUGUUUACCUUCUGUUGUUUACAUGUCUAUGUAAAUAAAGAACACUGGUAUUUGUAAAUCA